CCGAGCGCAGGGGGUGGCGGGGGCGACCCGAAGGGCGCGGGAUCCCAAGGAGACAGAGAGGACGAGAGCCGGACGCGGAUCCCGGGAGCGGCGGGGGCGCUAGGGGGGGGGGAGCCUGGGCGCACCUGGAGGGGACAGUAGGGUGGUCUGGACAUGGAGCUGGAGCUUUAGGGGGACAGGAGCCCGAAAUGGGUGAGACUGGAGAGCUGCGGGGGUCGGGUGAGGGCUGGUAACCUGGACGAUCCGGAGGUGACAAGUUCGGAGGUAGGUUGAGAAGGACGGUGAGCCAGGGAAAGGGGUUCCAGGGGAGAGAUUAGGGGUGGUCAGAUGGUAGAGGACAGCUGGGCGGGGAUCUAGAGCCAGGUGAAGAGCGGGCUGGGCGGGGAUCCAUAGGCCUUGGGCAGGUGGACUGGCAUCUGGAGCUGGUGUCCAGAGCAGCUGGACCCCAGUGGGGCCGUAUCAGGGGUGAGACUGGCACAGGCUUAGGAGAGGCAAGAGGAUUCAGGGAGGGGACCUAGGCCAAGUCAGUGCAGUGUCCCCCAUGGGGGAAGCCCCUCCCGGGGGUUGCCAGAGCCAUGCUGUCCCGAAAGGGCAUUAUCCCGGAGGAAUAUGUGCUGACCCGGCUGGCAGAGGACCCUGCAGAGCCCAGGUACCGAGCCCGGGAGAGAAGGGCCCGCUUCGUGUCCAAGAAAGGCAACUGCAACGUCGCCCACAAGAACAUUCGGGAGCAGGGCCGCUUCCUGCAGGAUGUGUUCACCACGCUGGUGGACCUCAAGUGGCCCCAUACGCUGCUCAUCUUCACCAUGUCCUUCCUGUGCAGCUGGCUGCUCUUUGCCAUGGUCUGGUGGCUCAUCGCCUUUGCCCACGGUGACCUGGCCCCCAGCGAGGGCACCACUGUGCCCUGUGUUACCAGCAUCCACUCCUUUUCAUCUGCCUUCCUUUUCUCCAUCGAGGUCCAGGUGACCAUUGGCUUUGGCGGGCGCAUGGUGACAGAAGAAUGUCCCCUGGCCAUCCUGAUCCUCAUCAUGCAGAAUAUCGUGGGGCUCAUGAUCAACGCCAUUAUGCUGGGCUGCAUCUUCAUGAAGACUGCCCAGGCCCACCGGAGGGCGGAGACCCUCAUCUUCAGCAAACACGCGGUGAUCACCCUGCGUCAUGGCCGCCUCUGCUUCAUGCUGCGCGUGGGUGACCUCCGCAAAAGUAUGAUCAUCAGCGCCACCAUCCACAUGCAGGUGGUGCGCAAGACCACCAGCCCCGAGGGCGAGGUGGUGCCCCUGCACCAGGUGGACAUCCCCAUGGAGAAUGGCGUGGGUGGGAACAGCAUCUUUCUGGUGGCCCCGCUCAUCAUCUACCACGUCAUUGACUCCAACAGUCCGCUCUACGACUUGGCACCUAGUGACUUGCAUCACCACCAGGACCUGGAGAUCAUUGUCAUCCUGGAAGGCGUGGUAGAAACCACUGGCAUUACCACCCAGGCACGCACCUCCUACCUAGCUGACGAGAUUCUUUGGGGGCAGCGCUUUGUCCCCAUUGUGGCCGAGGAGGAUGGGCGCUAUUCGGUGGACUACUCCAAAUUUGGUAACACUGUUAAAGUGCCCACACCACUCUGCACAGCCCGCCAGCUUGAUGAGGAUCGCAGCCUGCUGGAUGCCCUGACCCUCGCCUCAGCCCGUGGGCCCUUGCGCAAGCGCAGUGUGGCUGUGGCCAAGGUCAAGCCCAAGUUUAGCAUCUCACCGGAUUCCCUGUCCUGAGUUGCAUUCCCUCAGGACCCCCACUCACUUAUGCGGGCAUACGGAGAGUGCCCUAUGGUACGUAGAGUGGAUGGAGUGUGAGCUCCCUCACCAAGCGAGGGUCUGGUGUGAGGCUGGACCCUACUCAGUUCAGCCCCUCUGCUGCUCUGUGCCCAGAGUGUUACACGGCACUUGUCACUAUGCUAUUUCUGGCCUCAGCAGGAGCCUGUACUGGGUUAUUUUUGUUGCUGCUCCUCCCAGCCCCAGCUCAGAACCGGCUUACCCUUAUCUCUCUGCCCUAGGUUGGGGAGGCUGUAGGAGGUCUGGAGCCCCUAAAGCUGGGUCUCCAGCCAGUCUUGGCCCCCACAAUCAUCCUGUUAGGACAGAUAACUGGGGAAAAGCAAUCUCCAGGCUGAAGGUGGCUAUUGCUCUGUUUCUAUACACACUAAGAAAUACCUGGCCAGGCCCAGGCCCUGCUUAGUCCUUGAGAAAGUGAUGGGCUAAAGAAUCCUGCCAGCCAGGAAGGCAGAGGGUGAGUGCAUGGGAGCUGAGGGGCCUAUCUAGGCAGGGCAGAAUGAGGUGGUAGCCUAGGCCCCCCUCCAUGGAGCAGGCUUGGUCACAGAGUGGGGCAAAGUGGGAGGGGAAUCACAGGAGAGCCUGUUGGUCCCUGCUCAGGCUCAGUGAGCAGGAGAUGGGCCAAGGCCAUGGCCCUUCAGCCUGGACACCAGCCUGAGAGACUGAGAGAGAGAGAGAGAGAGAGAGAGAGAAACCAUAAUCUGGGACUGCUGCUCCCAUUCUGUUCCUACCCUGGAACUGAGGGUAGGGUGCUGGGCAGACACUGGUAUUCUUGGUUGAAAGGCUGAGAAAGGUCCUAUGCCUGCCAUACAAGAUGAGCUCCCGACAAAACUGCUCCUGGCUCCUCAUGGGUAGCUGUGAGUCACUUUGUCCAGAGGAUGCUGAUGGGUGAGGUUGGGAUGCCUGGGUUGUUGGAAUACAAGAUAAUGGAAAGUUCAGUCUGGUGGGGGGAAGGGAGGUUCCCCGAGGCAAAGAGGCCCCUGGGCUUGACCCAAGCUUAAAUUCUCAGAGCAGGGCUGUGUGUCCUUGCCCAGAACUCUGCUUCCGCAUUGUCAAUAAAGCCUCCCAUUCGACAACCUGAGCUCUGGGCUGUUCUUCUGGGGAGGAGGGGGCACGCUGCUGGAAAAAGAUGGCGCUGGUAUCUGCCACCCAACAUUCGAGGAGCCAUGGCCCUGGCAGGGGGGACAGGACAGAGACCCAGGCUGGUCCUUUCCUCACCUCAGGGGGACUUCACCCCUCCACCUCAAGUGUCCCCCACUCAGCCUUUGAACAUCCAUCAGAUAUCAUAGCCCAGGGCCUGGCCUCCCUCCUGAGGCCUUCCUAGAAAGGUGAGGUACCCAAGGGGAGGCUUGGAGAUGUCAUAGGCAUUACUUAGGGUCUUGAUAGGUUCAAAUCCUGACUCCAGCCAUAUGACUGUUGUCUCAUCCAUGUUAAUAGUCCCUACCUCAUUGACUGUCUCUGGAGCAGGUGAAAGCACAUGUAACAUGCUUCAGAAGUGCCUGGUCUAUAACAAGUACUCAAUAAAUGUUAACUGUUGUGAAUGC